AUGGGGAGCGGCAAGGCUCCUGGUCCAGAUGGAAUGUCGGCUCUUUUCUACAAACACUAUUGGGAGGUUGUAGGGAAUGACUUCUGUGAAGCUAUUCAGGAUUUCUUUAUCUCAUGUCGUAUGCAUAAGGGAUUUAAUGACACGAAUAUAGUCCUUAUUCCUAAGAUUCAGAACCCAAAGAGAACAAACCAUUUUAGACCCAUAUCCCUCCGCAAUGUUACUUAUAAAUGCUAUGAUACCCUAGUGCAGUUCUGUAACUGGGUGGAUCAGUGUAUUACUACCACUACCCUAAAUGUGUGCCUUAAUGGGGGUCAAGUUGGAAAGAUUAAACCCCUUUGUGGUCUGCGCCAGGGUGACCCUCUUUCUCCUUAUCUAUUCAUUUGCGCGGCUGAAAUGCUCUCUUAUGUGUUGAAUGAGGCUUUGGAGAAGUGGGUUAUUAAAGGUAUCAGACUAAGCAAUAAAGGUCCGACUCUCACUCAUAUCUUUUUACGGAUGACCUCAUUCUGGUUGGGAGGGCUAAUGUUGAUGAAGCUAGGGGAGUGUGGAACUGUCUGGAUGAGUUUUGGUUGGAAAGUUAAAUCUCUCUCGAAAGCUGGUCAGACAACUCUUAUCAAAUCAGUGGGUUUGGCCAUGCCUUGUUAUGCGAUGCAAACCACGAAACUUUCAAAUCAUCUCAUGCAUAAGAUUGAUGGCAUGGUGCGUGAUUUCCGGUGGGGUUUCGAGAAAGGUAACCAGGGCAUGCAUCUCAAGGCUUGGGAUAAGUUGUGUCUUCCCAAAUCCCGUGGGGGGCUGGGAUUUCGGAAAACAAAAGAAAUGAACCUUGCUUUCUUGGCUAAGUGGGGGUGGAAUCUUUUAAUUGGUUGCCAGUCCCUCUGUUGCAAAAUAUUGGAAGCAAAGUACCUUAGAGGAAAAGAUUUCUUAUCUUGCCAGUAUAAAGACUCUGACUCCUGGUUUUGGAAAAACGUGGUUAAGUCUAAGACUAUUUUGCGUAAAGGGGCCUGUAAAGUGAUAGGGGACGGGAAGAAUACGAGAAUUUGGGAUGACCCCUGGAUUCCGCAUGGUAGGGACUUCAUUCCUAGGGCUAGAGCUGAUGGUUAG